AUGCAAUACGUUGGUAGAGCUAUUGGAUCUGUAUCCAAGACUUGGUCAUCUAUCAAUCCUGCUACGUUGUCAGGAGCUAUUGAUGUUAUAGUUGUUGAACAUCCAGAUGGUUCAUUAGCUUGCUCUCCGUUUCAUGUGCGGUUUGGUAAAUUUAGAAUAUUAAAGCCUUCGCAGAAAAAGGUUGAAGUUAUUAUUAAUGGGAAGUCUACUAAUAUCCCUAUGAAGUUGGGAGAUAGUGGUGAAGCGUACUUUGUUUUUGAAACGUCUUCUAGUAUCUCGGAUAUUCCAUCUGAAUUGUUGGCAUCUCCUGUGGUAAGUGCUUUAAGUAGUCCUCCCGGUUCUCCAAACCCUUCAACAAACGAUUUGAAUGAAGAUGGGAAAGGACAGGAUGAAAAAGGUAUGGGGAAGGGUUAUCUAGAAGACCCUGACUUCUUGGAUAUUAAUAGUAAUGCAGAAACUAAUGAAUCUGAUAAGGAAAAUGAAAAAGUUAAGAUGAACAAUUUCCAACAAAAUUUGAAUAAGAAAUUGACCCAAAUUCAUAUUCCAAGUAAAAUUGAUAAUAAUGGUGAUUUAUUAUUGGAUAUUGAAGGUUACAAACCGGAUCAAGUUAAGAUGCAUGACACAGAUGAACAACUGAAAAAAUUAUUGCAAGAAGAACUAGGUGCGAAUUAUGAUAUAUCAAGCUUUAUAAGAGAGGAUCAAAGUGGUAAUAUUAGAAUUAUUAAUCCACAUGAUGCAUCUUCCUCUCAUGGUUCGCCACCUAAUGGAAAUGCGUUUAACUCAGAAGCUAUCUUCCCUCAUUCUCAAAGUGCAAAUGAGGAAUAUACCUCAGAUACUGAGACUCCGAUUGAAAGUAAGUCAUCAGAUUCAAGAUCAUUAGAUAGUAGCACAGAUACCACUACAACUGAAACACAUCCAAGUUAUUCUAGUACAGGACAAAACUAUAUCAGAACCAUCAGAUUAACCAGUGAUCAGUUAAAAUGUUUAGAUUUGAAAUAUGGUGAAAACGAUUUGGAAUUUUCCGUUGAUCAAGGUAAAGCGAUUGUAAAGUCUAAAUUAUAUGUUUGGCGUUGGGAUAUCCCAAUUGUUAUUAGUGACAUCGAUGGUACUAUCACAAAAUCAGAUGCAAUGGGCCAUGUUAUGAAUUUAAUUGGUAAAGAUUGGACUCAUAUUGGUGUUGCAAAAUUGUUCUCUGAAAUUUAUAGAAAUGGUUAUAACAUCAUGUACUUAACAGCAAGAAGUGCAGGUCAAGCUGACUCUACACGUGGUUACCUAGAUUCUGUUGUUCAAAAUGGGUACAAACUACCAAAGGGACCGGUGCUUUUAUCACCUGACAGAACGAUGGCCGCUUUAAGAAGAGAAGUUAUUUUGAAAAAACCAGAAGUUUUCAAAAUUGCAUGUCUAAAUGAUAUUAGAUCAAUUUUUGUUAAUAAAUACGAAGAAUUUCAUCAAACAAAAGAUGAAAAAAUACAUGACGAUUCGGAAUCUGAUGUAAGCAACGAUACAAAACCUACGCCCUUUUAUGCAGGGUUCGGUAAUAGAAUUACAGAUGCGCUAUCUUACAGAACCGUUGGCAUACAGAGUUCAAGAAUAUUUACAAUCAAUCCCGAUGGUGAAGUCCAUAUGGAAUUGUUAGAGCUGGCAGGGUAUCGGUCAUCAUAUGUCCAUAUUAACGAAUUGGUUGACCAGUUUUUCCCACCAGUGAAACCGGUCGACAACAAUUACGAUGCAAGAAGUAUCACCUCAAUGACGCCGGGUUCACCAAUAAAUACAUCCUUGGACAAUAUUGACUUGGAUGCUAAGUCAUUUUUCAUUAAAAACACACAAGAAGAAAAGUUCACCGAUGCAAAUUUCUGGAGAGACCCAUUAGUUGAUUUAGACAAUUUAUCUGACAUCAGCGAAGGGGGUAAUGAUGAUGAAUCAGAUAUCAAUCGUUCGACACCAGGAACACAAAACGAUCGUGCUAUUGGAACAAGAGACGAAAUAAAAUCAGAUAAUGGAUCAUACAGCUCCCCAGACAGCAAGGAUAUUUUGAAUGGCAACGGUAUGUCAUCCACACCGAUUAAAAAUAUUCCAAACUCUAAAGGACAGAUAGGAAAUCAAAUAUACCUAGAAUUGGGAUCACCAAUAUCUUCACCAAAGUUCAAUUACUUAAGCAACUUAGAAGAUGUUAAUUUCCUAAAAAAUAAUGGCAGCAAGAGUAGUACCAAUAUCAGUAUAGAAGGUCUAAGUCUAAACUCCGGUCCUGUUCAUCCAGUAUCUGGAGUCUCCAAAGUAAACAUAAUGGAAGAUGGACAACACCAUUCAGACUCGAACCAUAGUGAUUAUGAAGAACCUUCUGAUGAUGAAUUCGACGAAGACGAAUUCAUAUAA